AUGUCUCUCCCCGUCGCAAUCCAAUCCGCCGUCUUCUACAUCCUCGCCUGUACACCAUGCGCCAAGGUACGGCAUGAACAAAAAACCCGCAAGCAGGCCAAGAAGGAGCGCCAGGAAAAGGCGAGACAAGAGGUCGAGGGGUCGCAACCGACAGCCUACCAGCAUCCUGAACCGUUCAACACCAACCCGUACUGGCAGGAGGAGAUUAGCAUGGGACCCAGCUUACCCAAGAAGUCGGCCAGCAAGAACUCGAGCCAGCGCGGUCUCACCAGCUCCGGAGGCGACAGCAGCGUUGUGAGCAUAUCCGAACAGACGAAUCCUGUAUUAAGCCGGACACAUGUGGGCGCCAGCACGUCGGUCAUCGCAGAGGAUGAUGAGUUGUCAGACGACUGGAACCGAAGGCGAGGUUACCAACGCGAGGAUGAGGAGCUAUGGGGACAAUGGUCAGGCCAAAAGUUGAUGGAUGCUAUUUCCAAGGCGCGCGACUCUGCUGGAAGGUUGAUCGAGUCCACACUCGGUCUCGAGAAGGAGGUGACGGAGCAGCAACGACACGAUUUUUACUUCCCCAAGAACCCUCCCAUCAACGAGUACCACCCACCCGUCGUCAGCAGCAAGAUCCCGUCGCGUAACGCCCACCAAUGGAUGUUGCAGCCACCACCCCCGGCCAAGAUCAUGGAGGGCAAGGUUCCCGUGAGCCGCGCAGGCAGCUCAGGAAGCAAGUCAAGCGGCAGGACUCUGAUCGGUGAAGAUGUUCAGCUUGGUCGCCUGGUCCAGGAGAAGCUUGUUAUGGAGAAGCUCAAGCGGGAGAACACCAACCCCACCGAAACCGAACUCAUCGAAUCCCUCUUCCUCACUCGAACGAAUCGAUCCCUCAGCAUCCACCGCACACGAAGCCUCUCCUUCGAUGCAUCCGACGACUCUAUGGACAACGGAUUCGCAAAGAGGCGGUCACGACUACGACCCGUCAUCGCUCCACCCGGACUCGAUUCUUCGGACGAUUCAGACUCUGACGCCCCGAUUCCCUUUUCGCAAAGCGCCAUGAGCUUGGGCACACGCCGCGCGCCUUCGUCCGCUGGCCACGCCGCCCAACGGCCAAAGCUUGAGACCAUCAUGAGCACGAGAAACAACAGUCGCCUAUCCUCGAAGCGAUCCAAGCGACAGAGGUCGACUCGAUCAAAGAGGCUCUCGGGAGCCGCGUCCCCCGUCGGUGACGACAGCGACUAG